AUGUCACUUUUUUCGACAUAUGCUCAUCAAACGAACAACCAACCACCAUCAUCAACAUCAUCAUCAAGUGCAUAUCAUCUUAUUGAUAAUGAAUAUUUUGCUGCGUUGAAUAAUCUCGAUGAAAUUCAAGAAUUUCAUAAGAAAUUAAUUGAAAAACAAUCGAUUAUUAAUAAUGAAAAAGAUGACAAUGAAAUGGAUAUGAAAACAUUUGCUGAACAGUUUCUUAUCGACUCGCCUGAAUCGAUAAGCAAUCAUAAUCUAUCGAAAAUAGAUACACAUCAAGUAAUCAACCAUUCGUUGUCAAUAAAAGACUACGAAGAACUUAACGAAUCAAUAUCUAUAAAUUCGAAUAGUGAAAUAAAUCAAGAACGGCAACGGCGUAAUAUUAAAGAUUUACCACAAUCCAAUCAUGUCUUAUUUACAUCAGAUGAUGACAAUGGGAAUAUAUUCGAUAGUUUGACAGAAAAAAGCUCUCCUGCACGUACAAAGCGAAUUGCAUAUGAAGAUAUGAGUUCAAUACUACUUACACUAGAUGUUGAAAAGCCAAAGAAAAAAAAAUCUUCAUUAAAAAAUAAAACUCAAGAGACAACAAUAGGCAUUGAAUUAGCUGAACAAUCCAUCAUUAGAAAGGAACCAAUAGAACACGAACAACUUACUAUUACGCAUAUCAGUGAAACAAAAGAAGAACCUAUUGAAAUCAAUGUCAUUCCAACAGUUCCAAUGAGUUUUGGGACACCUGAAUAUUCUAAUCAUCUGGAUGAUUAUGUACAAAAUAUUCAUCGAUCAUGUUCAACAAAUGUAUCAAUAUCUGAUUUUCCAUUGUUACGUCCGAAACGAAUUCGUAAAAGAAAAAACCUCUACAGUGAAGAAAGUGAAUCAUUGAUUAAACCAAAACGAGUACGAAAAAAACGAACACAGACAAAUGUUACUCCAGCAUUAUUAACGGAUGCAGAAAUUGAACAACAAUUCGGUGAACGUUUAUCUCCAACGGUGAAAUUAGAAAAUGAAGAUGAAAAAGAACAGAAUUUUAAUAAACAAAUUGGCAUUGAGUCUCAAGUGGUACCGGCUGCACCUAUUGAACUGGCUCGAGCGAAAUUAAUCAAUGCGUUAGGACGUGGUCAUGGUCCUGAUACAUUUUUAUUGAACGUUCGUUCUCGUGAAAAUAAAAUGUACGAUAUUGAAUUAGCUAUUUAUAGCACAACUGAAUGGCAUUUACAUCGUACAAAAAUUUUAACAAAAAUUGAAGAGACUCUGCGCGGUCUUCGUGUUAACUGGGCCAAAAUCGCUAUCCGAAUUGAUCACUUUGAUGUUCAAAUUUGUACAUCAUGUUCACCUGCUUCUCCGACAUCAUCAUCAUCAUCAUCAUCAUCACUAACAAAUACGAAUUCAUCAUGGGUUUUAAAAGUAUUAAGUGAAUCUAGACCAUUGAUUGUUCAUAUACAUGAUAGACGAUAUCCUCAACAACGAGAUUUUAUCAAAUGCCCAUGUUCUCAAUGUUCAUCAAAUGAAUCCUCAUUACCAAUUAUUAUUAGUGUUUCUUCUGUAGAAACUACAACAACAGCCAAUAGUCAUUUAUCACAUCCGACUAUUCUUCGUAGCAGCCGUCAAACACUUAAACCGCCUUUAUCAUCGUCAUAUAAUAUUCAUACAAAAUUUUUUCAAGCUCUUAUCAAUCAAUAUGGUACACAUACGAUUAGUUCAGUAACACAAUGUACACUUGAUUUAGCAUUGAUUGUAAGUGUUCAUUCCUCUCUAGCGGAUCUCUGUGCGUCAAAUGAUGAUUAUGAAAAAACUUAUCAACAAAUUAUUGAUCCACUCAAAUAUACAAUAAAUAACAGUGAACAUUUUCGAGUAUCAAAAUAUUUUCGUCAACCGAAUGUUUUAACAUUUUAUCAGACAAUUAAAAAACAUAAAGCAAAUAUAAGAAAUGCACAGUCUAUGCGAAAUAUUAUUUUUGAUAAUAUUUCAAAAACAUCAAAUGUAAUUUUUCAAAAACAACCAACAAAUCGUCGUUGUCUUGUCAUGAAUCAUUUUGAAAAAAGUCAUCGAAAUCAAAUGUUAAAUCAAAUUUAUCGUACUAAAAUAAAACAACAAGCUCACUGUACACCAAUUAUUGAACUGAAAUCAAUCUUAGACGAAUCAACAAGCAAUGAUGAAUGUCAUAAUGAAGAACCAAUAAGAAAAGUAACGAAAAUUAUAUCAACAAGUACAAUAAAAAAGGAUUCACAACGAAUUAAUAUGAUUACAACGCAAGAAAUUACUCCUCGUGUAAUUCGUUUAUCGAUUAAUAAAUCAUCACUACCAAUGAAUUCAAUUCGAUUAGUAUCAACAACAUCUUCACAUUCUUUUGAUAAAACUCAAGUAUUACCAUUAGUACCUAAACAGAUUAAUAUUGUCAAGUCAAUAUCAUCAUCUAUUACUCCAGCGAUCAAACUUGCUAAUCCAAUACUUAUUUCUAAUAAAUUUCAGUAA